AGAAAGAGGACACGCGCGCUCACAUCCGCCCCUGGGAGCAGAAGCAGCAUCUUCCCCAGCUUCGUGGGUUUCUCCUCCCACCGGAGCCAGGGUGUGAGAGGAAAUCUCGGGGCUUCGCUCUAUCGAGAGUGCUCGUCAGGGUGAUUCUUGAUCACCACCAUUCAGAAGUGCUGGCGUCCGAAUGCAUAUCCUUUUGCCUUGCAAAGAAGAGUCGUGAACUUCAAAACCCCCGAGACGGAUCAUUAAUCCUGCUUUGCAGGAAAGGAAAAUCCUCCAUUCCCAGCCACCGGCCACCCCUCUCCGGAGACUGCAACCGCGGAGGCGCUCGGAGCCGGAAGGGGACGCUUUGGGAAUGACCAUGCUCCACCGAGGGACGGAGCCGGCCCCCAGCUUCUCCACACAGAGCCUCCUCCACUAACGCUCCAAAAACCAAAAACCGUAAUUGCCAGAAGAAGCGUUAAAAAUCUAUUCCAGCCACUAACCUCACAUGCACACGGAAUAAUUACUCUGGAUUCUGCAUUGUGAGCUGCUCUCCAUACCCUGAAUUACCUUUGAAUUAAAUCUUUUUUUUUGAAUUUGCAUCUCUUCAAGACACAAGAUUAAAACAAAAUUGACGCUAAAUUGGAUUUUAAAUUAUCUUCCGUUCAUUUAUCCUUCGUCUUUCUUAUGUGGAUAUGCAAGCGAGAAGAAGGGACUGGACAUUCCCAACAUGCUCACUCCCUUAAUCUGUCCGUCUAGAGGUUUGGCUUCUACAAACCAAGGGAGUCGACGAGUUGAAGAUGAAGCCCAGAGCGGAGUGCUGUUCUCCCAAGUUCUGGUUGGUGUUGGCUGUCCUGGCCGUGUCAGGCAGCAGAGCUCGUUCUCAGAAGAGCCCCCCCAGCAUUGGCAUUGCUGUCAUCCUCGUGGGCACUUCCGACGAGGUGGCCAUCAAGGAUGCCCACGAGAAAGAUGAUUUCCACCAUCUCUCCGUGGUGCCUCGGGUGGAACUGGUAGCCAUGAAUGAGACCGACCCAAAGAGCAUCAUCACCCGCAUCUGUGAUCUCAUGUCUGACCGGAAGAUCCAGGGGGUGGUGUUUGCUGAUGACACAGACCAGGAAGCCAUCGCCCAGAUCCUCGAUUUCAUUUCCGCACAGACUCUCACCCCUAUCCUGGGCAUCCACGGGGGCUCCUCUAUGAUAAUGGCAGAUAAGGAUGAAUCCUCCAUGUUCUUCCAGUUUGGCCCAUCAAUUGAACAGCAAGCUUCCGUAAUGCUCAACAUCAUGGAAGAAUAUGACUGGUACAUCUUUUCUAUCGUCACCACCUAUUUCCCUGGCUACCAGGACUUUGUAAACAAGAUCCGCAGCACCAUUGAGAAUAGCUUUGUGGGCUGGGAGCUAGAGGAAGUCCUCCUACUGGACAUGUCCCUGGACGAUGGAGAUUCUAAGAUCCAGAAUCAGCUCAAGAAACUUCAAAGCCCCAUCAUUCUUCUUUACUGUACCAAGGAAGAAGCCACCUACAUCUUUGAAGUGGCCAACUCAGUAGGGCUGACUGGCUACGGCUACACGUGGAUCGUGCCAAGUCUGGUGGCAGGGGAUACAGACACAGUGCCUGCGGAGUUCCCCACUGGGCUCAUCUCUGUAUCAUAUGAUGAAUGGGACUACGGCCUCCCCGCCAGAGUGAGAGAUGGAAUUGCCAUAAUCACCACUGCUGCUUCUGACAUGCUGUCCGAACACAGCUUCAUCCCUGAGCCCAAAAGCAGCUGUUACAAUACCCAUGAGAAGAGAAUCUACCAGUCCAAUAUGCUAAAUAGGUAUCUGAUCAACGUCACUUUUGAGGGGAGGAAUCUGUCCUUCAGUGAAGAUGGUUACCAGAUGCACCCAAAACUGGUGAUAAUUCUUCUGAACAAGGAGAGGAAGUGGGAAAGGGUGGGGAAGUGGAAAGACAAGUCCCUGCAGAUGAAGUACUAUGUGUGGCCCCGAAUGUGUCCAGAGACUGAAGAGCAGGAAGAUGACCAUCUGAGCAUUGUGACCCUGGAGGAGGCACCAUUUGUCAUUGUGGAAAGUGUGGACCCUCUGAGUGGAACCUGCAUGAGGAACACAGUCCCCUGCCAAAAACGCAUAAUCACUGAGAAUAAAACAGAUGAGGAGCCGGGUUACAUCAAAAAAUGCUGCAAGGGGUUCUGUAUCGACAUCCUUAAGAAAAUUUCUAAAUCUGUGAAGUUCACCUAUGACCUUUACCUGGUUACCAAUGGCAAGCAUGGGAAGAAAAUCAAUGGAACCUGGAAUGGUAUGAUUGGAGAGGUGGUCAUGAAGAGGGCCUACAUGGCUGUGGGCUCACUCACCAUCAAUGAGGAACGAUCGGAGGUGGUCGACUUCUCUGUGCCCUUCAUAGAGACAGGCAUCAGUGUCAUGGUGUCACGCAGCAAUGGGACUGUCUCACCUUCUGCCUUCUUAGAGCCAUUCAGCGCUGACGUAUGGGUGAUGAUGUUUGUGAUGCUGCUAAUCGUCUCAGCCGUGGCUGUCUUUGUCUUUGAGUACUUCAGCCCUGUGGGUUAUAACAGGUGCCUCGCUGAUGGCAGAGAGCCUGGUGGCCCCUCUUUCACCAUCGGCAAAGCUAUUUGGUUGCUCUGGGGUCUGGUGUUUAACAACUCCGUACCUGUGCAGAACCCAAAGGGGACCACCUCCAAGAUCAUGGUGUCAGUGUGGGCCUUCUUUGCUGUCAUCUUCCUGGCCAGCUACACUGCCAACUUAGCUGCCUUCAUGAUCCAAGAGGAAUAUGUGGACCAGGUUUCUGGCCUGAGCGACAAAAAGUUCCAGAGACCUAAUGACUUCUCACCCCCUUUCCGCUUUGGGACCGUGCCCAACGGCAGCACAGAGAGAAAUAUUCGCAAUAACUAUGCAGAAAUGCAUGCCUACAUGGGAAAGUUCAACCAGAGGGGUGUAGAUGAUGCAUUGCUCUCCCUGAAAACAGGGAAACUGGAUGCCUUCAUCUAUGAUGCAGCAGUGCUGAACUAUAUGGCAGGCAGAGAUGAAGGCUGCAAGCUGGUGACCAUUGGCAGUGGGAAGGUCUUUGCUUCCACUGGCUAUGGCAUUGCCAUCCAAAAAGAUUCUGGGUGGAAGCGCCAGGUGGACCUUGCUAUCCUGCAGCUCUUUGGAGAUGGGGAGAUGGAAGAACUGGAAGCUCUCUGGCUCACUGGCAUUUGUCACAAUGAGAAGAAUGAGGUCAUGAGCAGCCAGCUGGACAUUGACAACAUGGCAGGGGUCUUCUACAUGUUGGGGGCGGCCAUGGCUCUCAGCCUCAUCACCUUCAUCUGCGAACACCUUUUCUAUUGGCAGUUCCGACAUUGCUUUAUGGGUGUCUGUUCUGGCAAGCCUGGCAUGGUCUUCUCCAUCAGCAGAGGCAUCUACAGCUGCAUCCAUGGGGUGGCGAUCGAGGAGCGCCAAUCCGUAAUGAACUCCCCCACUGCAACCAUGAACAACACACACUCCAACAUCCUGCGCCUGCUGCGGACAGCCAAGAACAUGGCUAACCUGUCUGGUGUGAACGGCUCCCCGCAGAGCGCCCUGGACUUCAUCCGACGGGAGUCAUCUGUCUAUGACAUCUCGGAGCAUCGCCGCAGCUUCACACAUUCUGACUGCAAAUCCUACAACAACCCGCCCUGUGAGGAGAACCUCUUCAGUGACUACAUCAGUGAGGUGGAGAGAACGUUCGGGAACCUGCAGCUGAAGGACAGCAACGUGUACCAAGAUCACUACCACCAUCACCACCGGCCCCAUAGCAUCGGCAGUGCCAGCUCCAUCGAUGGGCUCUACGACUGUGACAACCCACCCUUCACCACCCAGUCCAGGUCCAUCAGCAAGAAGCCCCUGGACAUCGGCCUCCCCUCCUCCAAGCACAGCCAGCUCAGUGACCUGUACGGCAAAUUCUCCUUCAAGAGCGACCGCUACAGUGGCCACGAUGACUUGAUCCGCUCCGAUGUCUCUGACAUCUCAACCCACACCGUCACCUACGGGAACAUCGAGGGCAAUGCCGCCAAGAGGCGUAAGCAGCAAUAUAAGGACAGCCUGAAGAAGCGGCCCGCCUCGGCCAAGUCCCGCAGGGAGUUUGACGAGAUCGAGCUGGCCUACCGUCGCCGACCGCCCCGCUCCCCUGACCACAAGCGCUACUUCAGGGACAAGGAAGGGCUACGGGACUUCUACCUGGACCAGUUCCGAACGAAGGAGAACUCACCCCACUGGGAGCACGUGGACCUGACCGACAUCUACAAGGAGCGGAGUGACGACUUUAAGCGCGACUCGGUCAGCGGAGGAGGGCCCUGUACCAACAGGUCCCACAUCAAGCACGGGGCAGGUGACAAACACGGCGUGGUCAGUGGGGUACCUGCACCGUGGGAGAAGAACCUGACCAACGUGGAGUGGGAGGACCGGUCCGGGGGCAACUUCUGCCGCAGCUGUCCCUCCAAGCUGCACAACUACUCCACGACGGUGACGGGUCAGAACUCGGGCAGGCAGGCGUGCAUCCGGUGCGAGGCUUGCAAGAAAGCAGGCAACCUGUAUGACAUCAGCGAGGACAACUCCCUGCAGGAACUAGACCAGCCGGCUGCCCCGGUGGCGGUGACGUCAAACGCCUCCACCACUAAGUAUCCUCAGAGCCCGACUAAUUCCAAGGCCCAGAAGAAGAACCGGAACAAACUGCGCCGGCAGCACUCCUACGACACCUUCGUGGACCUGCAGAAGGAAGAAGCCGCCCUGGCCCCGCGCAGCGUAAGCCUGAAAGACAAGGGCCGAUUCAUGGAUGGGAGCCCCUACGCCCACAUGUUUGAGAUGUCAGCUGGCGAGAGCACCUUUGCCAACAACAAGUCCUCAGUGCCCACUGCCGGACAUCACCACCACAACAACCCCGGCGGCGGCUACAUGCUCAGCAAGUCGCUCUACCCUGACCGGGUCACGCAAAACCCUUUCAUCCCCACUUUUGGGGACGACCAGUGCUUGCUCCAUGGCAGCAAAUCCUACUUCUUCAGGCAGCCCACGGUGGCGGGGGCGUCGAAAGCCAGGCCGGACUUCCGGGCCCUUGUCACCAACAAGCCGGUGGUCUCGGCCCUUCAUGGGGCCGUGCCAGCCCGUUUCCAGAAGGACAUCUGUAUAGGGAACCAGUCCAACCCCUGUGUGCCUAACAACAAAAACCCCAGGGCUUUCAAUGGCUCCAGCAAUGGGCAUGUUUAUGAGAAACUUUCUAGUAUUGAGUCUGAUGUCUGAGUGAGGGAACAGAGAGGUUAAGGUGGGUACGGGAGGGUAAGGCUGUGGGUCGUGUGAUGCGCAUGUCACGGAGGGUGACGGGGGUGAACUUGGUUCCCAUUUGCUCCUUUCUUGUUGUUUUAAUUUAUUUAUGGGAUCCUGGAGUUCUGGUUCCUACUGAGGGCAACCCCGGUGACCAGCACCAUCUCCCCUCCUUUUCACAGUUCUCUCCUUCUUCCACCCCUAUCAGCCAUUCCUGUUCCCAUGAGAUGAUGCCAUGGGCCCUCUCAGCAGGGGAGGGUAGAGCGGAGAAAGGAAGGGCUGCAUGCGAGCUUCCUCCUGGUGUGGAAGAGCUCCUUGACAUCCUCUUUGAGUGAAGCCGGGAGAACCAAAAAGAGGCUAUGUGAGCACAAAGGUAGCUUUUCCCAAAACUGAUCUUUUCAUUUAGGUGAGGAAGUAAAAGCAUCUACGUGAGACCAUUUAGCACACUGCUUGUGAAAAGAAAGAGGCUCUGGCUAAAUUCAUGCUGCUUAGAUGACAUCUGUCUAGGAAUCGUGUGCCAAGCAGAGGUUGGGAGGCCAUGUGUGUUUAUAUAUAAGCCAAAAAAUGCUUGCUUCAACCCCAUGAGACUCCACAAUGGUGGUGAACAGGAACAAAAGGUCAUCGGUGGCGGAGCGGAUUCCUGAACACACUGGAAAGUACGUUAUGAUAGUGUCCCACAGUGCCUUGGAGGCAAGAGCAGGUGGAUUGUGCAUGCAUGUGUGUUCAUGCACACUUGCACCCACAUGUAGUUGGGUGCCUCGAGAGAAGGCAACCUUGACUCUUUCUGUUGUUUCUUUCAAUAUCCCCAAGCAGUGUGAUUGUUUGGCUUAUAUACAGACAGAGAUGGCCAUGUGUUACCUGAAUUUUGGCUGUGUCUCCCUUCAUCCUUCUUGAAUAAGGAGAAUGGAAAUUCUUGAUAAAGAAGAAUCCGUGGUCUAGACAAAAAAAAAGAUGGUGAGCAAUCCUGCAAGAGCAAGGUACAAAAACAAGUACUCAGUGGUUGGCAAUUUUUUUCAACCAGUUUGAACCAAGAACCUUCCAGGAAGGCUAAAGGGAAACAGAAUUUUCACAGCCACGAUUCUUUUGCCCACACUUGAGAGCAAAAGAUUCUACAAAGCUCUUUUGAGUAUUUAGACUGUCGACUGGCCAAGGUUUGGGGAGGAGCAAAGCCACCUUUGAAGAAGUAAGGAGUCGUGUAUGGUAGGGUAAGUGAGAGAGGGGGAUGUUUCCAAUGCUUUGAUCCCUUCUUACUUAACCUGAAGCUAGAAGAGCAGGCUUCUUCCCCCAAAACUGAUUACAAGUGCUGUGGAGCAGACAGUUAAGAGAAAUGAACUUGACAAUUAAGAGAAAUGAGCUGCACUCCAUGAGUGUAGCUCAGGAGGUAUGAAGAGAGGGGAAGAGACUUGGCAAUGGGAGAUGGGGGCAGAGAGGGAUCCUCCACCACCUCUUUGGGCCUGGCUCCCUGGGAAUGUGACUUGAACCCAGAGUGAACACUCUUGGUAGAAGCCCUUCCACCUUCCUGCAACACCUUGUUUCCCUCUCAGAUUGUACUAUUGAGGAAUAAAAAAAAAAAGAUAUACAUGUAUAAAACUCCAGGGAUGAGGGUACCGGCAGACAUGAUGCUCCCUUCACUUAACAUUGGAAAAUUGAGAAGGGAAAUGAAUAUGUGUCACAGCCGGUCCUGAAACUUGGGGUAGGGCUAUUCUAUAGGUCAGUUCCACUGUCCUGCCAUCCUUCCCUACACAGGGUGGCAUCCAGAGAGCCCCGGGUCUGUGUGGAAGCUUGACUACAGGAUCGCCAUGUUGCACACAGGACACAUAAACCAGAAAGGUGCUCAUCCUCCUCUGGAAGGAAGCUGCCAUGUCUCUUCAAGUCACUCCCUCCAGGGCUGCUCUUCGCCCCUGUUCGCCCUUACUCACGACCCUUCCUCAUCCCAUCCUUGACUGCUAUCCCCGACCCUCCUCCUUGAUUUUUACCUCAGUAUCUUUCAUUUUAAAGCCAACUGAAGGCCUUGUAAAGCUUUGUUUUCUUUCUAAAAUGAACAUGGGGGCAAGGGGCUGAACCUCUCACAGAUUUGGAGAGAGAGGCACGGAGUGCUUUACCUUAGAUAACAGGAAAGACUGAGAGAGGACAGAGGGCGUGAGGCACCUCCGGGAGGAAGAAGGUGAAGGGCCACGUAAACACCGCUUCGCCCUGACUCUGUCCAGGGGUCAGGGACUCAUCCCCUCAUCUUCCUCUUACCUCACCCCUUUCAAACAAAAGCCAAACCAACUAACCUAGCGAACAGCAAUCUAGAACCAAGGGAGCUCUUUCAGUCUCCGCUGGCAACAGAAAUCAAGACGGUGUUUAUUUCAUAUGUAAAUAUUUUGUUUUCUAAUUAAUUUUGUAUAGAUAAAGUGUUCUCUUGUGAGUAUUCAGGGUGUUGGGCUGGAGGGAGUGGGGUGGGGAUGGGAAUGAGAGGGAAAAAGUGUUUUGUUAUGGGUUUUCAUUUUCCACUGGGGGAAUUGUUUUGUAUGGCUUUUGCUUCAGGGUGUCUGGAAGAAGUGAAUGCCCAUGGAGGCCACUAUGGUGAAAAAGCCAGGGGAAAGUAAUUUGUGUCCAUUCCCCCCACCCCAGAAAACCAGUCUUCUUACUGGUUUGUGAGAAAUGUUCUGCACUUUGGCCAGGGCUUUACAUAGGGUUCAGUUUGGCUCUACGCAAACCCCAGGUCUGACUUCUAUCCUUCUAGGUAGACCCUAGGUUACCGCAUAACAUGCAAAGACAGGCUGGUGGCACCAUAUUUCCUCUGUCAGUACCUAGGGUAAGAAAGAUUCCCAAAAGGGCUUAAACAGAAUUAAGAUCAAAUUAACUUCCCGUUCUUGGUGUGACUGAAAGGUUUCAGGAAGCUCAAUCCUGAGAAAUCUCCCAGUGGCCUCCUCUGAUGCUGAAACAAUCAUCUCAGUCAUCUGAGUCUUUUCUUCCUUAGGACCUGGGCGCUGACUCACUCCCUGCCCUACCUCCACCCUCAGAAAUCAGCCUGGCAAACACACCUGGAAAAAUCUCCACUAACUACUUUUUGAAGCAUGUGAUAUCUGGUUAUCACAUAACCAGAGAGGUAGUGCUGGAUAUGUGUCUUACAAAUUUGCAUGCUUUUCUAGAAAAGAUGAUGGGAUCCACUAAAAACUCAGUGGUGAGAUGAUUCCCUUAGCAAGAUUGCUGAAGUUAGGUUUAGAGGUGGGAGGAUGGGUAUGUGAGCAAUGAUGCCAAUAGUGGCCCUUUAUUUGCCUUGUCCUCAUUACUGCCAUCAGGAAGGUGCUACUGGCCUUGAGCCAGGUGUUCAUAAUCUGGCCUUUGGUUAACCAAUUGAACUUCUUUUCCUAGACUGUUGGUUUUGUGGAGGUUGGCAGCCUCUAUCACAGGUUAAAAUUUCCAAAUCCACUUACCCAGUAUAUUCACUACAUUUUUUCCUAUCCUCCCAUCAUGAAAGCUGUUAGCUGGAUAAUUUUAUUUUUCUAAACUCCUUAUUUGGCCCCAAUUGGUCACUUUUCUUCAACUGGAUAUUUGCACUGGGACUAAGUUACUCAUGGUCUGCUCAAGAAAGCGUAAAGAAAGGAAGGCUGGGCAUUGUUAAAAUCUAGAUGUUACUUAAUUCCAGAAUAACAAGCAAGUAAAAUGCAUGAGAAAUAAUUCAGCUAUAAGCCCAAUCUAUAUCACAGAUGGGUAUGAAACAACACCCAAUCCAUCCAAAACUGUGAGAUUCCGCAGAUACCCUCAGGAGUACCUAAUAUUCCCAUGUUCUUCAGAAUCCAUGCUUUCUCUCUUUGUACCCUCUAUCGUUCCCUUCCAUUGCAGAAGUGGUUGGUGAGUGUGGUCCUGUAUGAACUCCUUUCAGUGGCAAUGCUUAAAUCUCAGCAUUUCCACUGACAAUAAUCUGACUCUUGAAUUUGCCUGAGUCGAGAAUGUGCACACCUUUCAAAGCGAUGCAUGGACAGUUGACUUUGUUAUUUCAAAAUCUGUCACUGUGUAUCCUCAGCCAGAACUUGGGAAACAUCCUUCGUGUGUAUUCCCCUGCACUGGCCACAGCCAUGUUGUGAUUGAGGGGAAAAUCCCAAAUGAUUCCAUUAAAUGUUGCUGGUGUCAGUAGUGCCAAAAACGCAUGUAUGACGUGAUACAGUAGGAGUCAUCUAUACAGUUAAGUGACUAUCACCCACCUGGUCUUCUGUGGCCAUUGGGAGUUGCCCAAGGGAGAAUUCUCUGCAGAGUGCUGGUCACCUGCACAUGUCACUAAGAGCUAGGUUUCUUCGGUUCAUUUUUUUUUUUUUUUUCGUUGGUUUUUAGUUAGUUCAAGAUUUAGAGACAGAAUAACCAGAUUGUUUGGGCAAUAAGCUUUUGGAAAAACUAUUCCAGAACUCACUUUAUUCUUUUAAUAAUUAUCUCUCUAAAAAGGCCCCGUCAUUGCUUGACACCCUGUGAAUGUCUGUUUUCGUAUGUUGGGAAUGAUUCAGAUGUGUGCAUAAAUGAUGUCACUGCAGUGAUGUUGAUGAAUGCAUUCAGCAUUUCCAGGGAUUGUGGCCAUUCCUUAUGUGCUCUCUGAGCCCAAAGCCAUAAAGGAAACAUAUGCUCAGUAGGCUGCUACACACUACAGCAGAGCUUUUGCUUUCUUCACUUGGGUGUCAGAGAUUUUUCCUGUUUAAGGAGCUCUUCAUGGAGAAGCAGCAGCUGAAGGUGAAUAGUCACACCGGGAUGGGUCUGGCCUUACGCAUGCUGUGUGGUACAUGGUGUGUUGAAGGUCCUGAAAAGGUCUUUUUCAUUUCCCACCCCUCUCCAACUACUGCCUUCCCACACAGAUUUGUUGCUUUAGUGCUGAGCUGAGCUGCCUGUCAUUCAAAUGAAAGUAAUCCCAGGAAAGGUGACAUAUUAAGCCAUAUUAGGGAUUUAUACAUUUAAUCACCUAAUUUACAUUAGGAAUCUCACUCCUUUUCCUGGGAAUAAGUUAUGACACAAGAGAAGAGGAAGGGAGCAGAGAGCACUGACAGCAAUAGAGUAGGGAACAAGGAUACAGGUUCUAGAUGGCAAAGACAUUUAAACCAUAUUUUAUCCUCCACCUGCUUUUAUUUAAGGCUCGUGUGACACCUAAAUAGGACUCCUGGUUAGGAAUUAUUUUCAAUACACAAUCACAUGAGUGUAUAAUUUAUGAAUUUCUAAAUUCAGUAUCUUGUAGGGCAGGUUGAGAACUAUGAUUCUUUCUAUAGAAAAUGGAAAAGUGAUGCUUCUCCUCCAUUACAUGUUACUGAGUAGGCAGCUAGAAUAAUCAAAUUGAAUUUAUGAUACAAUAAAAGUUACUGUCAUUGUCUGGUCUCUGUCCCAGUUUAAAUAAUCUUCCAAUUAGCUGAGUUGGUCUAUAUCCUAUAUGUUCCACCUCCAUGGGGGGUGCCCUGUUAUCUGGUAAAAGAGCCACUUAUGACCUCAGGUGCUACUUAACCUGGGGGGCAACUGUUUCUUAGGCCUAUCAGAUGUUUGGGAUGACACUAAAAUGCAGAUUAGUCAGUCUGAGAAUGUCUAAUGUUGAUCUGGAUCUAGGAUUCUAUUCUAGUUUGGGGGGGUUCCAGUAUUGUAUAAAAUCAUAGGAUAUCUGAAAACAUCCCACCCUCAACUCAUUCCAACCACAUUGAUUCAGUCACACAGGGGCCCUGUGAGUUAUAUGACUCAGAAGAGACAGCCUAUCUAUUCCCACGACAAAGGCCCCCAUCCAAAACCUUAAAUUGAAAGCCAAUGCUGCUACUUUUAUGCCUUGGAGAGAUCUGUGAAGUUUAGGGCUUCUCAUUUACAAUAUUGAAGCAAGAAAAAAGAAUUUUGUUCAGAGUAAUGGGUUAGAAUAGCAGUACUGGGAAUAAGUGGGGAAAGUUAGAAAUCUUCCACAUUUCUCUCUGCAUAUCUCAGAGCUCCGCACAGUGAGUUUCUGGAGCUGCUUCAUGCUUUGAAUAUAAUUGCUGGGGUGAUUAUGUCGGUAAGGGCCCCUGAAAGAACUGAAGGUGAAAAGCAGAGUAGAUGAGUAGAAUUCCUCAGAGCCUUGGCACUCUGGUGUGUUGAGUCUGUGUUUUGGCAAAGGUAAAAGAAUUCAAUGCAAGAAUAAAGGUACAAUUAAAAAGCACAACACUAAGCCCAAUUUACACUGUUAUUUUAAAGAUUGGGUUUCCACACUUUAAACCUAAACUCCUUUAUCUGUAAUUAUUUUAGUGUUGUGAUUUAAGGGGUGGAGCAGGUUCUAGUACUAUGCAGGAGAAAAAAAUAAAAGCUCUCUGGUUAAAUAUGUGAGUUUAAUUAAACCAACGUCUAUUGUGCACGUACUAUGUCCCUAGGCUAGUUCUGUGAAUGAUAUAAAAGGUUUCAAAAUGGAGUAUAUUGUACUCACGUACAAUAUAUGAAUGCAUAAGUACAAAAUAUGUAAAUUUAUGAAUAGGUAUACAUUUGUAUGAUUGUACAUGCAAGUUUAAUAUUUUCUAGUUUCAGGGUAGGAGUCAAAGAUAUCCAUUAUGUUAUCUGAAAAAACAUUGCAGAGAUUCAACUUCCCAUGUCAUGGCCAGGCCUGGACUUCUUUCGAAAUUAUUACACCUCCCAGAGCUAAAUUCUGGGGUUUCCUCUCUAACACAACCUUGCCUUUUCUAUAUCUUCCUUCCUUCAAAACCCCUCUGUGGUUCUGGUCCACAAAUCCAUCUGGCCUCAUUGACUUCCCUCUUUGAUCUAACCCUGUAUUUAUCCACAUUAGCAAUAUUCUUACUGGCAAUUCCUUUUUCCUCUUGCCACCUCACUACACCAACCAUGCUCAGCUAACUGCACCCCAGCCCCUUUUCACUGCAUUUCCAAGAAGAGAAAGUCUUAAACCUAUGCUGAAGAGCACAAAAUCAAUCAAUUUAACCUCGCCUGAACCCUACUCACUUGGACAACUUUUUAAAUUCUCCAAUGUUGACUCAGUGUCACAUUCUGUUUGUUAAAUUUGUUUUAUUUUCCUUUCAUGUUCAUGUCCUGUCUUUCAACAGGCAAUCUUUCCUACUGUGUUCGCAAGAAAAUCUGAUUAUUGAAUCCUCACAUAUGCUGUCCUCUCUGCCUUUAGAUUUCUCUUGUCUUUCACACAUCUUCCCCAUCCUUUCUCCCAACUGAGUGCUCCUCUUCCCUAUGCUCUGACCUCUUCUGAGGUGCUCUCCAGCCAACUGUACUUCUCUCUUUUGCAUCUUUAAUUCCUUCCACACAUCUACCUGCAACUAUCUCAAAAAAACCAAUCCUACAACUAUCUCUAAAGACAAAUCUUUCAAUCCAAUUUGACUCUUGAAUUUCUGUCCUAUCUGUGUUUAUCUUUUCACUUCCCAGCUUCUCAAAAGAGUAGUCUUUCUUUCUCCACUUCCUCACCUUAUGCUCAUGGCUUCAUCAAUGGGCUACAUCCUACCACUCUUUUGAAACUACUCUCAGGCAACAUUCCAAUGAAGUUCUUGCUACAAAAGUCAAUAGCCUUUCUUUACUUUCCCUGCUCAUCAGCCUCAUUGACAAUUACCAUUGGGAGGCAAUUGCAUUCUGGUUUCAAUCUUAGUUUGCUGGUCCUGUUACCUCAUUGGUUUCUGCUCUUCCUCUUAUCUCCUGAGCAUUGACUUACCAUGGUAUUUUGAGCUUGACCCUCCUCUCCUUAUUUUCAUGCUCUGUAGCAAUCUUUCUGACUUCAAUAACUCUUUGAAUGAAGAUGAAUCCCAAAUCUUCACUUUUAGCUCCUACCUUUUGCUUUUCCUUAAUACACAUACUUCCAGUCACCUUCUGAACACUCAACUUCAUCUUGACUCAAAUAUCCAAGAACAUUGCUGCAAACCAACAUAAUCACCAAGUUCCUCCUUUAUGUUUAAUGGUAUCACCAUGUCUUCUGUCACCAAACUCAAGCUUCUCGGGCACUUUUGCCUCCUCUGUUUUCUUCAUCCUGCAUAUCUAAAAAUUUGAAAAGCCUACUAAUUCUUCCCCCUAAGGUUUCCAGUCUUCCCUUUCCAUUCAGACCCUUCCUUCUACUCUGGAUUAUUUCAGCAUCUUUUAGCAUUGUUCCAGUAUUUUAUAUUUGAAUCUACUCUUAUCAGUACUCAACUUCCUAAAUAUAAAUCAGAUGUCGUUCUUCAGCUCAAGAAACAACCUUCAGUGGGCUUCACUUGCCAUAGUCUGCCAGCAGUAACUUGUUACUUGAUGGUGUGUGCCCCAUAAUCCAGACAAGCUGAAUCACAUUUGUUUCCACUUCCCCUACCAGCUUGUUUUACCCACUUGUGUCUUCCCUUAAACUGCUCCCUUUGCCCAAAAUACUCUCCUUCCUAUCUCCCCUUCCACUCCCUUCUUGAAUAAUAUCCAUUCCCUCUAUAUAUGUCUUCAAAGAGCAGAACAACUUCAUCUUCCAUCCAGAAAAUAAUUUUAGACAUUUUAUGAAUGCCCAUAACACUUUCAUUGUAUCUCCCUAGUGGCAGCUAUCAUGGGACAUCUUAUUUCAUAGGUAUUUGGUUGUACAUCUUGUCUCUCCUGCUACAGCAUAAGCUCCCUGUGUUCAGGGCCAUGUAUUUUUAAAUCGUUUCAUCUUCUGUAGCACUAAACAGAGUGCCUUGUAUAUGAAAGGCAUUAGUAAAUAUUUGAUAUUAUUAUGAAUUAUAAUUGAGGAGGAGUCACUUUAUUUUGUCCAUUUGUAUCUGCAGUAGCACCUAAGGAUAAAUCCCCCCAGUUUCUCUAUAUAUAUCUGCACACACAAUCACUUGUAUAUGCUACAUGUAUACAGUUCAUUAUUUCAAAUGAAAUCUGGAUUUUUCUAAGUGCUUUGUCCUUUGAAGUUGUUUUGGACUGUUUUAUGGUUAGGAAAGUGUACUUGGAACACUACAUGAUACUCAAGUAAGUGACAGAGGGAGAAACUAUGAAGGAUAUUGAUCAAAUUUUAGGUAUCAGCUUUUCAGAUGCUUUGGGUAGAGCUUGUAUCCAGACACUUUACUACCAAGACUGAGUCUCUAACAACCUGAUCCAUGCUGGGACUGAUCUGUGAUCCAAUAUUUAGCUUGUUUUUUUGUUUUUAACACUUGCGACAAAGAACCUUGUCAUAGUUCUGGCUCACUAAUCACACAGCCUUGUAGACCCCAGGUGGUGGUCCAAUAGGACCAGUGUAUUUCAUUACACGCUACUUCCACGUUUGUGGCCUUGGGUGAACUGUCCGUGCUGGUCACCACCUUGUCUUUGUAUUUCUUUCCUGAGCUCUGUGGCUUCUCACCCUUUCUGAGGCUUUGUCUACAGGGUCACUUCUCCCAAAGGGAGGAUAAGAGUUGAGGUAAUUGAACACUUUACCUCUUAUCUAUAUAUUUCCAAUGAAAGUUAGGAUUUGAAUGAGCUGGCUCAGAGAGAAUUCUAGUCUCUAAACUACACCUUUCUCUGUAAAUAUAAAGGGAUUCAUUACCUCAGGGGGAGACAACAUCACUUCUGACUUUAUGGCCCUCCCUUAUCCUCUGGUCCCUGUAUUCUUGAAGCCCUGUUUAUCCUUCCUUCUCCUCUCUUGGCUCUACUUAGCAGUAGCCAGUGUCAGUCUGUGUCCCUCUGAAGAAACUCUUGGAGCUGGUACUGUCCUUUCACUUCAGCUGCUCUGGUAACUGAUAAUGUUUCCUUUCCUUCUCCGGGCCAACCUUCUUUAUAAAUCUCAUUAUGCCAUUGGCCAUGAAUUAUUCCCCUUUGGGAGGCAUCUUCUGCCACUGUGUGCUAAUUUAAAGCAUACUAUAGAGAACUGAACUCAAAUAAGUUAUAGGCAGUGACAAGUCUCUUUUAUAAAAAAGUGAAUAAAGUCCAUUCUUCAUUGAGACAGGAGUGGGUAGGACAAUUAUUAUCGGCAAGGUAGGGCAAAACUUGUGACAACUUGGGAGAUACCUAGUGAAAAUUAAAAUAUAAGUCUAGAGAGAUAAUUUUGCUUUUCAAAAUUCCUAUUGGGUCUAGAUAUUCUUGCUCCUGAAAAUGAGAAUAGUUAAUAUUUUAGAGCAAACCCCAUUUCAUUAUACUAUGAGACUUUUUUUAGCUGAUGAAACAAUCUGGUAAACAGCUGGUGGGAGGGUAGGAAGACAGCCAUCCUCAUGAAGGAUGGUCAUGAAUCUCAUUUGGGCCAAUGAAUGGACCAAAAUUCUAGGCAUUUUAGCAAUGAAGUGUUCAUGUCAAUUAUUUUGCCUCCAAAUACCCAUAAAAGGAAAGAGAGGAUCUGAGGAAGGAAAAGAACAGGAAGUCUACAUUGGAGCUUCCCUUUGUGUCACCAAUAAAGCCAGGAGCUGACAUGUGAGGCUCAUGGUUCCCCCUUGGUUACUGGCUUCAAUGAUAGCUUCGGAAAGUAGGGAACCUUGAAAGAGCAAGGACCAAAGAUGAGAUGAGUGAGGAACCUGAAUGUAACCCUAUCUGUGAGGUCCUGAUAUCCACAGGGAGCCUGGCCCCAUGUCAUUCCUGCCCAGGCCCUUCAGACUAUAGCACCCAAGGAGCCCUUGAUCAUCACCCUGGGCAGAGGGAGUGACUCAUCACACCACCCUUACCCAAAGAAUUUAGGCCACCAGGCUGUGACUCCAUCUGUCCCCCUUACAGUAAGAGACUCACAGUCUCUGAAAUCUGACAGGAGAACAGCGUCAGGGGAAAAGGCCUGAGAAUGUGAAUUUGCUGAGCUGUCUGCUCCUCUACGAUAAGUACAUUACCCAUUUCCAGAGGGGAUUUUUUUUUUUUCCAAAAUGAAACAAAACAUGCCUGCCUAAAACUUCAGCCCUACCCAGUCUUGCAGUUAACUGUCAUUGUCACAUUUUAAUUAUAAUUGAUUUUCUUUUGAAAUCAAUGGCUAUUUUAAUGCUCCCUUUAGCCUUUAGCCAUGACAUAAGAACCCUCUGCAAACCAGAGACCUGGCCACUAGGUUGCCUCUGGCUGUGUUAUUCUCUCAGUAGUUCAUACAUUGCUCUCAGAUAUUCACCUGAACAGCACAACUACACAGAAUUUGAUCUCUUUGCCAUGAGCAUUCUGAUGCCUAUGCACCUCCCUAAUGCACACAAUCUUAACAAAUAGAUCCAGAUUUCCAACGCCAAUCAUGUUAUGGUAGAUGAAAGUGUUCAUUUAGAAUGGGAUAAACAGACAUAUUAUAAUUUAUGCAGUCAGUGUUUUCUCUUUUGCUCUACCUGGCUGGUGGAUCAUUGAUCCCUCAAGGUUUGACAGAAAUAUUCAGGCUUCAUGUGAAGGCAGCAUUUUCUUUGUGAUAGAAGAACCUAGUUAUCCUCUUCACUGUCCCGUUUUACCCUAUGGAAUCCAUGUGGCCAUCUAAGGUCCUGUUGAUGGAUUGGUAGUAAGAGGAUGGAGAAGCAGAAGCCAGUCCCCCAAGAACAGAAUAGGGAUUCUCAAGGAAUAGGGAUAAAUGCCUUCGGGGAUUCAAUAAUUUAUCUGUUCUCUCUCUCUCUCUCCUGGGGUCAGGAUCAAGAAAAAUAUCAAGAUUUCACCUAGGCAGGAAGCAAGGAGAAUAGCAAAGCAUCCAGGUAGAACUCUUGCUGAGAAAAACAUGAAGUAGUAAAAUCACCCUUUUUUGACACAAAUGCAUUUGGAAGUCAAUGAGAGCACUUACAGCUCUGUUUCCCUUCAUAAACUUUUCAUCUCUUGCAUUCUUUACUUCUCUUUCUCAAUUUAUUCAUCUUGAGGUAUUCUUAUCCUAAGGUGGCUCUGAGCAGCCCACCCUCAAAACACAAACAAUGUUAAGAUGAGAAGUUGAGUGACACAGAGCUCGAACAUGUGCGUGGUACUGAAUGUUUCCAAACCCGAGCCCAAUCAGUCUAGCACAGUUGAUCCCACUGCAUUUUAAUGACUAGGAUGGGGCCUGCUGUACAUAGCUGGACAUCUUGGAUUACAGAAAAGAGGCUUUGUGUGAAGUCAGCAUUUUGUUUGUGAUGGAGAAACCUAGUUAUCCUGCUAACUGUCCUAUUUUACCUGAUGGAAUCCAUAAGGUCCUGUUGAUGCAUUGGUUCUAAGAGAAUGGAGAAGCGUAAGUCGUUCUACCGAGAACAGACAGUCUUGUUGCUUAGAUACAUACAUAUUCUUUAUGUCAGGAUUCCUCCUGAGACUCUUGUACACCUUCAGUGAUCAGGGCAUUCACUUUGGUUAUUUCUUGGUAACAGGCACAAGAAAUGGGUCACAUAGAAAUCUGAAGAGUCAUUUCUUGAGCAUUUUUAGCUUAAUCCCAUGUAAAGACACACUGAGCUCCUGCAGUUCUAGCCUGCCUCUUCUCCCCUCCUUGGGGAAUGGUGGAGUUUCUAGAGUCACCAGCAACCCAUUAGACUCCACCAUGCUUAGCCUAUGGUAGAUUCUGAGUAAAUCACAGUAGUUGGUAUGUGAAUACAGGAGAAUUUACCAUAACCAUUUCUCCAAAUAACCUCCUUUGACUUGGAAAUAGGAUCAUCUUUCAGUUUUACAGAUGAGAAGUCAAAGCAUGACAAAAUUAGAUAAUUAGCCAAAAGUAAGAUUAUACAGAAAAUUCUUGACAGAAUCAAAACUUGGCCGAACCAAAACUUGUCCAAAUUUCUAACUCAGCGAGUAAUGCUGCCUGAAUUGUCUGUCCCCAAAAAAAUUGUAGUCACAAAAAUCUAGGCAGCUGAUUUAGCCAGAUCUUUUCUAUGAAAUUUCCCUUUGCAGACACACACACACACACACACACACACACACACUGCACAUACAUCUACAGAGACAAGUCAAAAAGAGCAAGAAGAAAGCAAAAAUUUGAAAAUCAGAAAGGAUAGAGAGGUUUCCACAGUGAAGAAAACUUGGUCAAAUAAAAAUGUUUUCGAAUUCUAUGGGGUAAGAUAUUGUGAAUAAUUUUAUUAUUAAAAAUUUUUUAUGUAGCAUGUAAUCCACACAAAUAAAAAGCUCAAGAAAAAACUGGGACAGAGGAUUUCUUCCAAAGUGCUACAUGGGAAAAGGGCCUUCAGGAACGCGUGCAGGGGAGUCAUGAUACUCCAAAGGUGUCAGUAGUUUUUGUCAGCCCACAGUGAGCAGGGCAGCCUUGAGGGAGAGCCCCUUAUAUCCUCUUCUGGGCACCUCUGUCUAAUUCUUAAAAUUCAAACAUACAAGCCUGAUUCUAGGAUUAAGGCAUGAGUUAGUUCUGAACAGAAAAAUAUAAGGCAGUUGACAUACACAAUGAAUUCUUGAAGAAAGAACCAAUAGCCCCCAGACCCAUAAUAAAUCAUUACUGCCUGCCUAAUCCUGAGGAAAGGGAAGCAUGGGUGCUCCAAAGACUAGUCCCCUGAGAAUACUUAUGAGACCUUGAUUUUGUCACAUGGUUGCAAUGGUGAUUUAUUAAGCACCCGCAGAUCAGAGAAUCUUGCAACAACCUUCUCUUGCAACCCACCUGUUCACUUAUGAAUGAUAUCAAGCUCAGGAAAUAAUCUAUCUUUCCAAAGAUUUUAGUUUAUGCUGCAGAAGAAAUUUUGGCUCACGUACACAGCAUUAUGCUUAUACCAAAAACAGUGAAAGAGCUCUAGUGUCCUGCUUAACACAGAGUAACUAUUUUUUUUUUUUUUUUUUUUUUACAUUUUAUCAGUCCUCCUUAGUCCUAGAGGGAAGAUAGGAGAGGAGGUAGGAAGAUGGAAAAGUCCUUAGACGAAUGAGUGAGGAGUCUACUAUGCCAUCAACUUCACAAUGUACUGAUCCCCGGAGCCUGGUUCAGGAGGCUGGUUUCAGAUGAUUGGAGGAAAUGGAGGAGCUUUCAUUCUCAUGCAUGAAGAUGGAGGGAGGAGGUGGGCACUAGACUAAUUUUUUAAGCUAAAAAAAAAAAAGCCUAUUACAAAAUCUCAUUUUUCCUUUGUCCUU